AUGGAAUUGCCUGAGGUCAUUAUCAUCGGCGCCGGACCCUCUGGCAUUGCUCUAGCACAUACCCUGAAGCAUAAGUUGGGGUUCAACGAUUUUACGAUCUACGACAAAAUCGAUGGCCCUGGAGGUACAUGGAGGCAGAAUACAUAUCCUGGAGUCGGAUGCGAUGUCCCAACUAUCCUAUACUCGUUUUCUUUCAACCAGAAUCCAAACUGGUCCAAGGAGCUAUGCGAAGGCCCUGAAAUCCUAGAGUACAUGGAAGCUACCGUGGACAAGUUUGACCUUCGCAAACACAUGCACUUUGGCAUUGAAUGUAUAUCCGCCUCGUGGAACAAGGAAGGCUACUGGGACGUUCAUCUCCGCGAUACUCAGACUGGUGUCGAAUAUACACGAUCUGCGACUGUCUUUAUAUCUGCCGUCGGGGGGAUUUCGAAGCCGCGCGACACAAAAUUCCAGGGCAUGGAGAAGUUCACGGGCGAGAUAUUCCACACAGCCCGGUGGAAUCACAAAUACGACUAUCGAGGGAAGCGCCUGGCCGUCAUUGGGAACGGUUGCAGCGCCGCACAGGUCGUGCCUGCUGUUGCCCAGGACGCAGCCUUCGUGAAGCAGUAUGCCCGCAGUGCCCAGUGGUACCAUGAGCGGCCGAACCGGAACUUUACAGCAUUUGAAAAGUGGUGUUUUCGAAAUGUCCCUCUCUGGGAGAGGUAUCUAAGAUUGCGACUUUUCUUGAUGAGCGACAGUCUGGUUGCGACAUAUAUGCCAGGCCCAGCGGCUGAGAAGCUGCGCGCCAAAGCAGAACAGAAAGCGCGAGAGUACAUCUAUUCGAUGGCGCCUCGCCAGUAUCACGAGUUCCUGGUCCCUGAUUUCCCCCUUGGGUGCAAGCGACGCAUUUUCGAUCCCAACUACCUCGAAAACCUCCAUCGCAGCAAUGUAGAAGUCGCCCCAGUCGGGAUCGGUUCCAUCGAUGAAACAGGCAUCACCAGUACUGACGGUAACCGGACUGAGUUCGAUGCCAUCGUCCUAGCAACGGGAUAUGACGUUCAGCAAUUCCUUGUACCCAUGGAGAUAUACGGCAGGCAGGGCAAGAGUCUGUCGGAGCAGUGGAAGGAGAGCCGCGGAGCGCAGGCCUACAUGGGAACCUACGUGCAUAACUUCCCCAACUUUGCUAUGCUUUUUGGCCCCAAUACGUUCCCUGCCCACAAUUCCGUCCUCUUCGCGUCAGAGGUCCAGGUAGAGUACCUGGCAAGAACCCUACUCGUACCGAUUAUCGACAGGCGCAUAUCAUCACUUGAUGUCAAAGCGACAGCAGAGAACCAGUGGGUAAAUCGUGUGCACUCAGAGCUACGAGGGACCGUCUUCGAGUCCGGAUGCUCGAACUGGUACAUCAACAAGCACGGCAGAAACUCCGCCUCAUGGCCAGGCUACGCCUCUACAUACUGGAAAGAAUCGCUCAUGCCGCAGGUCGGAGUCUUCAUUGAGUCUCCAAAGUCCAAACUAUGGGCUCUAAACACCGUUAAGAGGGUGAUUCGCACUACGAACAAAGAGACCUACGCAGCGCUGGCCAUCUUGCUUGCGGGGUUCAUUUUGAAAAGAGAGUGGGUGUCAAUGGGCCCUCUACGGGAAUUGUAUGCUGGAUUCCUUCGGCUUGUGGCACACUAG